AACCUAAGAUUUAACAACCUACUUGUUACGAAACCAAGAUUUUAACCGAUGGGCAUCUCUGUUAGUGUCACAUGGAUGAUCCUGGACAUUUUCGUUAAUUUUCUCUCCUUGACGUUGUAUUUUUUUUUUCACAGGCGCCCGCCCCAGAUGCCAAGGUAGACCAAAAUACGGGAUUAUUUGACAGCUCAUCUGAUAUGUUUCGCAUGUCUAUGAUUGCCCUGGUAGGUGUCUUGGGCGUGGCUAUCUGUUUCGGACUUGCCUACCAUUACGUGAUAUUUCUUCCCCGAGGAACGAAAGAAAAACAGUUGAAAACAACUGCAACACAGUUCUCUUACAAAGAAGCUCUCAUCACAGACAUGAAAGAGUUUGUAGACGAAUUCUACUCUGUAAUGUCAGCCAAGAUAUCAUCGAUGAAAAAAGAGCACAAACGCGAAAUCAGAGAUAUUAAGAACAAAAUGAAAACUGCAACGUCAGCUAGUAGAUCUGUUAACCUUUUCAAACAGUCCAAGGAAUAUAUCGUAAACAGCAACGUCACAAUUUCAAGCUGGGCCAGUGAGAAGCAGUACGAGUUACAUAAACAACUUUGUCAACUGGUCUCAGAAAGCAGGAGUCAACUUCAACAAUGAGAUUCAUCUGACAUUCCCCAAAGUUCAGUCUUUGCAAGUGACGUGAAGCAUGAAAAACCUGUGCAUCAAGUCAAGAGAAUCUAGGCAGUCAAUAGUCGAGUGUGUUCUGUUAGAAAUAUCCUGGAUCCCUAACGUAACAUAAUAUAUGUUCUGAUAUUCAUUUAUACGUACCUGAUCCCAUCUCAUGAUAGCUUCAUACAAACUCAUAUUUCAUAUAUGACUGCGGAAUCGCCUGACAUCUACCCUUUUCCUAUGAAAAAUCUACGAUAUCCUAAAAACCAAAACAUUCAAUUUCAAGAAAAUGAUUGGAAAAAGGUUCCCCUCUUAAGCGUAUCAGGAUCAUCCGUGAGGGGCGAGGGGGUUUAUAAACAGGGAUGUGGGCUUAUAACGGAAUGGGCAUUGGUUUCGGCUCUCAUAUCAGCUCAUACGCGUGUGGAAUGUAGGACUACCAAUACUCAUCACCUUGAUGUAUUUACACUAACAUUGCAACCACAAACGACAUGUACCUGUACAUUGACGAAUAAAAGUGUUUUCAUAAAUUUUUCAUAAAUGUUUUAUCGUUUAUGUUGUCCAUAUUAAUAAAACUUAUUAAACGGAAGCCGUCAAGUAAUUGCACGGCAAUCAUGACGGGACG